UGGUCCUUUGAAUUCCAAAAUGAGCGCGGAGGCAUCAUCAGGAGUUUCGGAGAAGUACCUCACAGAUAACACAGGAGCUGCUGACCAGAGACGGAUUCUUAAAAUGAUUCAGCCUUCAGCAGCAGGUAGCCUGGUUGGCAGACGUAAUGAGAAGAAAUCUUCAGUCAGAAGGCAACUCUGGAAUAACAAGUUUACCUCAAAGGCUUGUAAAGCUGAGGUGUCUGUGGACAAGCAAGAAAAUGAGAAUGAUAUCAUUCAAGCUGCAGAUCUCAUGAAAGGAAGUCCUUCACCUCAGUAUUGGAAAGAAGUGGCUGAAGAAAGGAGGAAGGCUCUGUAUGAAGUGCUUCAAGAAAAUGAAAAGUUGCACAAGGAGAUAGAACAGAAGGACACUGAAAUUGCUCGCCUAAGAGAAGAAAACGAAGAGCUCAUGGCCCUCGCUGAGCAUGUGCAUUACAUGACCAGUGUGAUUGAGAGACUAACUGGGCAAGCACCUGACAAUCUUGAGACACUGGAGAGUCUGGCUCUAGAGGAACCCAAACAAGAAGAGCAUAACUGUGGAGAUGAAGCAGACAGCUCUUCUGAAGGAGGGCCAUCACAAGUGCCCUCUGGCUUAGGGGAGAAUGUAUCAGGUCUUGCUUCAAAGGAAGCAAACCAUUUGCAACUGGAAUGA